AUGAAAGCGACCAGGAAAAGCGCCCCAAAGUCCCGCACGGGAUGUAUUACCUGCAAGACUCGUCGCGUCAAAUGCGAUGAAACCAAACCCUGUUGUAUACGGUGCGUGCGAUCAAAUCGCACAUGUGGGGGAUACACAUCGCUUGAAUCCACCAAGGUUGUGGAUACAAUUAAAGCAUACAAUAUUCCGUUCAAAGUUCCAGGCAGUAGAUUGGAUCGCCAGCUCCUCCAUUUCUACUGUGUCGAGGCCGCUUCGGGCCUUUCGAGUUUCUCCGACGCGGACUUCUGGAGUCGACUCGUGUUGCAAAGAUGUCACUAUCAACCUGUGAUACGCAACGCACUUGUCACACUGAGUGCUAUAUAUUGGGAUUAUAAGUUCAAAGAUGAUGCCAGGCCAGAGUCCGACCGUCCAUCGCUGCAGCAUCUGCAACUAAUCGCCAAAUCCCACAAGCAGCUAAGGAUGCAUCUUCGCUCGCCGGACGCAUCAAUUGAAGUUGCUUUGAUCUGCAGCGUGGUGUUUUACACCUUUGAGGCUCUUCUAGGCAAUGCUGUACAGGCGAUUCGACACCUCGAUCAGGGGCUGAUCCUGCUGGAACGAAGUCUGGCUACAGCGCCCGUGCAGAACGCCACAGAUGUCCUUAUUCCACGUUUAAAAGUCUUGUUCGCCAGCCUGGACAUUCAAGCAAGCACAUACAAUGCAAACCGUCGACCCAUAUUGUCUCUGAUCUCGCCAUUAGAACAGUCCGGGCUCGUCCCGCUCAUCCUAGACAGUUUCACCAUGGCGGAUGCACAAAUGGCACUCACCAAGUUGCAAAAUUGGAUGUUGCACCAUCUUGCGUCUUCCUACCCAUAUAAGAAGAAAGGCCUGCAGCUUCUACCAGCGGACAUCCUUGUAGAGCGACAUCACUUAUAUGACCAAUUGACGAGAUAUAUAAAGACUGUGAGCGCGUGUUCGACCCACCUUUCUAGCCCGAGCACGGCAAAUAGUCUGCUCCUCCGACUGCAAGCUCGGAUGUUCCGCACUAUCGUGGCCGAGGAUGUUCCGUCCCUGCAGUUUACGAACAGUGACUCACUGCGGAAAUGCUUACAAGAUAUAUCGGCCAUUUUGGAAAGUAUGUCGGGUUAUUCCUCCACACAGGGCACCACUGCGCAGAGAUCGUUCACAUUGAGUACCCAGCUCGUCGCAGCGCUUUACUAUAUCUGUAUGAAAAGCAAUCAUCCCAGUAUAGUAGACACUGCACUUUCACUACUGCGACACAAGAGGCUGCCACACCGCGAUGGGGUUUGGGACGCACGGACGGUGGAAGCGGUGGUGCAUGGCAUCCGACGUUCCAGCAAGCUGCCUGAAUGGCGAAUAGGUGGACAGGAAGCUACAGAAUAUCGACUAGAGUAUGCCAAUGAGAACCUUAUCAACGCAGUUGGAGAAGGGGGCUUGUAUGAGAUACGGGAAAUGCUGCGACGUCAUGAGCAGUAUCUCAUGCGUGGCGACUCUCCUAGCUUAGUAUCUGGUCUUAUCUGA